GACGUGAACGCCAUCUGUAAAUAGUAAUCAGAUGGUCCUUGUAAAUACUAAGUGCGGAUUACCAUUUUGGCCUUACAGUUUCAGGUAUUGAGGUAUGAGACGGCAUGGAACCUCUUGGAGUUAAUCCCCGUUUAGUGGAUGUGUGGUCUCUGCCAACAUGGGCAGUAUUGGAGCCAGGCACUCCCCCUACACUCCCUCCACAGCCAACACCCAACCACAUAACACCUCCAUUCAGAGUCAACAAAGUUCUCAAUAACAAAAUAUGCCUCUGGGCUGGUGAUAUAACCCGUGUAAAUGCAGAAGGCAUUGUACACAGCACCAAUGAAUCUCUUAAUGAACGUAAUGGCUACAGUGAAAGGCUAUUAUUUAAAGCAGGACCAGAGUUAAAGAAUGAACUCCAUAACAAUAUAAAGCACUGCAGGACAGGUGAGGUAUGUGUAACUGAUGGCUACAAAUUAUCUGCUCGCUAUGUCAUCCAUACUGUUGGUCCUCGCUACAAUAUCAAAUACCAGACUGCUGCAGAAAGUGCCCUAUACAACUGCUACAGACAAACUUUGCAGUGUGCAGUGGAGAAGAAGAUGCGAUCUUUGGCAUUUUGUGUGAUCAACUCGGUUAGAAGAGGAUUCCCUCCAGAUCAAGGAGCUCAUAUUGCCUUACGUACGGUAAGACGAUUUUUAGAGCACUGGGGACAGGGCCUGGAAAGGAUCAUCUUUGUUGCAGACAGCAUUGAUGUCAGUAUUUAUGAGAUUUUGAUGCCACUUUAUUUCCCAAGAUCCUCACAAGAAGAAGACUGUGGUUGUUUCCUUCUACCUGCCGAUCUUGGAGAUGAAUAUGGCGAACCAAUUAUUCCUGACCGCCAGAUCCGCAUCAUUGAUAAUCCCCAGCACAAAUAUGAAGAUGUGGAGGAAUCUGCAGACUUAGCCACACAGUUCCAGUCAUCAGUGAGCAUUGGAGAUCAUGCAUUCUCCCAGAUGGAGGAAGAUAUAGACAAACAGCGACUUUUAGGGGGUCAGCCAUCAUAUGCCACGGCAGACCCUGAAACAGCCUCUAUGACCUCUGACCUCCAGCACAAACAGAGGUAUGAGCGUCUGUUGCGACGUGCCAAAAAUGAAGAUCUGAGCGAGGUUUCAGGAAUUGGCUGCCUGUACCAGUGUGGUGUAGAUAAACUUGGACGACCUGUGAUCAUCUUCAUUGGCAAAUGGUUUAAGUUCACUGAAAUAAACUUGGAGAAGGCACUUUUGUACCUGAUCCACUUGUUGGAUCCACUUGUCAGAGGGGAUUAUGUGGUGCUGUACUUCCACACAAUCACUAUGGCAGAAAACCAUCCAUCCCUUUCCUGGAUAAGACAAGUUUAUGAGGUUCUUGAAUACAAAUACAAGAAGAAUUUAAAAGCUUUCUACAUCGUGCACCCAACCUUAUGGACAAAGAUAAUGACUUGGUGGUUUACAACUUUCAUGGCACCCCAGAUCAAGCAUAAGGUUCACUCUGUACCAGGUGUGGAAUACUUGUAUGAUAUUAUCGACCCAGACCAACUGGAAAUCCCUGCUUAUAUUACUGAACAUGACAUGACAAUCAACGGCAUUCGUUACUACAGGCCUGGUGCUGUGCCAUCUUGAAGAGGUUAUUAAUCCAAGCAGACUUUAAAUAUUACCUUUCCAUGGUUUAUAUCAUUUGGAGAUGCAGGUAGAUGAUUGUUUAUGCAUGCAUUUCUUGGAAGAGGUAAGAAUUGUUAUUGAGAAUCAUUCAUUGUUGAAUUUAUAUUGAUUCAACUUUUCAGCAAUACUAUGAAGUUUCUUAUUACACUGACCUUGAAUAUAGCCCAUAUUUAUCAUAGUCUUGUUCUACAGUAUAGGUAUUGCCAUACCUUCCUCAUAUUGUGGCCUUGUUUCCAAAAGUUAGAAUGAUAGGUUCAAGUACUUAUAAAGUGUAAUUUGGGUAGGAAUGAAACGUGUUGUGUACGUAAGUGUUCACCUUAAGUAGCGUGCACAUUUAGGAUUAUUGAGGCAUAGUAUAAUCAAAACAGAAACAUCCAAGAGGAGAGUCGCCUCAAAUUCUUACUUUUGUAAAUGUGGCUACACAAGAUUUGACUGGAAGAUCUGAUGCUCAAUAUCUGUAUAGAAAUGAUUUGUCAGGUCAUUUGUACUUUGUCUUGUUUUGUUUAGUAUGCAGGUCUGAGUAAAGAUUGCAUAUAAGAAUUUGGAUGUAAAUGAACAUAUCCUAUUAGCUGUGAUUUUAUUUUGGGGCUCGGUCCAUACUGGGAUGCAAGGCAAACAUAUUCAUUAAGAUUCAAUGUUCACUUGUGAAGUAUGUUGAUAUACAUUACUGAUGACAAAUCUCUUAAUAGUUUGCAAAUUAAUGGUAAAUAUUUUAUGAAUUUUUUUUUCUCGUCUAUAGUCAAGAUUUUAGGCUGCACUUUACGAAAGGAUAUUUCGGUGUAGGCCAGCAUCAGUAGGCACUGAAGUAUAUUUAAAAAUUGUCACACUUGUAGGAUGAAUCAUGUAAAAAUAUCAUUAGCAUGAUCAAUAGAGGUCAAAAUUCUGAACUAAAGAACUCUUAUCAGUUUAAAAAUGGCAUGAAUAUAACUUUGAGCUAGUACAUAGUUUGGGAAGACCCCUGCUUUUUGGUACUGAGAAUGCAAUAAACAUUGUAAAUUAUAUACCUGCAAUUCAACAGAGGCACAAGUUAAAUUCUUCAGGGAGGACCCAAUUUAAUGUACGAGAGGGAAAUUAUUAAUGUUUUAUUGGGUGUAUAAGAUGAAUAUCUUGCAUAGAGAGGACUUGCAUGUUGUAUGUCAUUGCUUUUACCUGUUCAUAUACGUGUUGUGCCAAACUGUUGAAGUUAGGUAUUCAGAGAUUAAUGAUGCCAUGGACAGGAUAUGAUAUGAUAGUGAGCAUAAUGCCAUCUAGGAUAUUGUAACUAUACUGCAUUAUAGUCCUAGCCUAGUAAUGUGUUUUUUGGUUGAAAUUGCAAAAUAACUGAAUGAACAAAUUAUCUUAUGAAUAAUUGCAUUGAUGGAGGAAAGGACAUAACAUUUUUUUUAGCAUGUACUAUAUUUACUUCCUGUAUACACAAUUUGCAUAUCAAAUGGUAAGGAAUUACACAAGAUUAAGUGCAUCAUGAGAACAUUUUAUUUCAGUGAAUAACUAAUGAAUUUAUUUUAUUUUCAUGCAAAUGAAGUAGUAAUCCAGAAUGGUCUGACUAUGCCAGUGUUAAAAGGUAAUUCUCAAGUACAGUAGCUCUCAGAAUUUUAUUUAACAAUCUUGCAAAAUUUUGUUUAAAAUAUAUAUAUAUAUAAAUAAAUUAAUUAAUUAAUUAGAUCAUUUUCUUUGCAAGUGAUGGGAAAAUGAAGAAUAGUUAAUGAAGGAACAGUUAGGGAUUCCAUUUACCUGAUUCCAUUUAUUUAAGUUAGGGAGCUUAGAGGAUUCCUGUGUAACAAUAAUCACUGGUUGCAAGCAUUCAACAUUUCAAGUGCCACAUUUUGACAUGCUCAAGUUUUGUACAGGUCUUUGGGAACUGAUGCUUUGGCUCUAAUAUUUUUGAAAGCCAAUGGAAAUUGUACUAUUUUGAUGUAAGCAUUUUAAGAUGGGUUAUGAAGCUUGAACAAAAAUCUUGAUAUUGUCUUAAAAAUUAUGAAUGUCCUCUGGCAGAAGGCAAGAAUACAAAUGGUCUAAGCAUCAUAUUUGAGCACCUUUACUGGAUUUUGACUUGUAUGUUAGACCUGAAACUGCAUUCUUUAUAAUGCAUAUUAUGCUGUACAGAAUAAGUUUGUAGAUCACAUUUUUCAAUAUAGAAAACGUUUUUUUUUUAGCAUUUGUUUUUAUAUUGUAUGUUAAAAGUUCCAUUGAGACUGUUGAUAAUCCUGUAAAUACCUGCAAGCUUCAUAUUAACUAUUCUACUCCAACAUAUACUUCCAAUACAUUAAAACUAUACUCUAUAGAAUUAUUAUUGCUAUUAAAAAUUAUUUAUCAGGUAGCCUUAUGCCUGCUAGAUAAAUGUUUUUGGAUUAUGUCUUUGAAUUUGGAAAUGUCUUUGAAUUUUGGAAUAGGUAAACCAUUUUAGUUUCAAGUUUGACAAUUGGCAUUCGAGAUGAAUAAAGAUGUUUAAUUGUACAGCAUCUUCAAAUUUGAAGCAUCACUAAAUUGGUUGAAGUUUUAGAAUUGUAUUUAAUGUGGCUGCCAAUUGUGGGUUAAUUUUUGUUUGACCUACUUAUAAUAAAUUACAAUGGUUUAAGGUUUUUUAGAAAAAGAUCCUUUUAAUUAGAUUCAUGUUAUUUGAAUAAAGAUAUUGAUUCUUUACAGUAGAGAAAAUGAGUAUCAAAGAUAUAAUUAGUGUUGUUUACUCAGCAAAGUUUUCGAUUGAACAAUAAAAUGUUUACUCCUUAACACUUAAUAAAUAACUUUUUCCCAUAAUUUAAUUUGCAAGCUUUUGUUGUAGGUAAGAAAUGGUAGUUCAUCCAUGUUGCAAGACAUACAAGCCUUAAUGCAUCAUUUGAUACUAAUGGAAGCCAAUGCUGUCAGCUUCCUUGAAUAUUUCCUGUUGGUUAUAGUUAUUCAAAGUACUGUAUGAACUCGAUUAUCCAGACUAUAUAUGGGAAGGCCCCCCCUUCCAUCUGGAUAAGCCAGAAUGCUUACAGGGGAAGUUAAAAAAAUUCACAUUCACAAUUUUUUGUACCCCAAUCAACAUAAUUUGAACUUCAACACUCAAAAAUAUAACUUAAAAGCAAAACUAAAGCUUACCUUGUUGCAGUUUCUUCUUGUUUGAUAAUGUAGAUCUUCAAAUGUGUAAUUUUUUUAAAAUUUGUAUAACCUAAUCUCCGGUUAUCCGGAUAUGGCGAAGUUUUGCCAGAAAAUUAUCCAGACUCGAUUUAAACUCUAUGCCUGUCCGCGGUAUCCAGCCAAACUAACGGUUAUCUGGAUCACAAUCCGGAUGUUGCAAAGUUUUUCCAAGAAAAUUAUCCAGAUGUAGUUUUGGCCGGAUAACCCAAAUAUCCGGUUUAGCUGAAUCUGGAUAAACGAAUUCGUGCAGUAAUACUAUUAUCGAGUAGGAGUUGAUGAAUGCCAUGCUUAUCAACAAAAAUUCACUUGCAUAAACUUACAAAAGGCCUGCACUACCUCCUACAGUUGCAUGUUAUGGGAGCAAGCUCUCGUCUCUGUGGAGGAUCUAGAAACAGGUUUUAUUUUGUGAUAUUAGUGCCAUGAGAACCUUACUUAAAAUGUAGCUGUAGUUAUUAUGAAAACUUGAUAUUGUAUUUGUUUUGUAUGGCCAUAGUUCAGUUAAGAUACUUUGUAGUUAAGGAAGAUUGCUAGCUCCUUUGUUAUAUUUGAUAACAUAGUUAUAGAUUUUAUACUUGUUGGAUAUUAAUACAUUCUUGUUUAUUAUGUUAGAGUUUAACAAAAUAUAAUGUUAAAUUAUAGAAAAAUUUGUUGACCAAACCACACACUAGAAAGUGAAGAGACGAUGACAUUUUGGUCCGUCCUGUACCAUUAGCAAGUCGAUUGCGACUUGAUAAUGGUCCAGGACGGACCGAAACGUCCUCGUCUCUUCAGUUUCUAGUGUGUGGUUUGGUCAACAAAUUUUAGCCACAUUAUUGUGACCCCUCAUCUGCAUAUAGAAAAAUUAUUGUAAAGGAUGACUGAUAUUUUCAAUUUCAUUAGAGUACUUAAAUAUGCAAUUUUGAUGUAUAUCCCUAAAUAUUCAGUAAUGGUAAUUUUCUAGGUUAUGCUCUUAACACAGCAUGAAAUACUGUACAGUACACCAGUUUUAAUAAAAAGAAAGACCAGAAAUCCUUGUGUGAUGAAUCGCUGCAGCUGUGCUGCUUGGUGUGUUCACAUGUUGUAAUCGAUGAAUUAAUACUGUUGUAGACUACACAACACAUGUCAGAGUUGUGUACAGUCAGCAGUGGAAUUUUUCUUGUACCCUUGUGUACCCUUGUGUAAAGGAACAAUGCAAGGGAAGGUUAGUGUAUUUUAAGAGAAGAACUGUUGUUAUCCAAGAUUUGUAUGGGCACAAUACAUAUUUACACCCUUCCCCUUUCCCCUUGAUACGAAUAAGAGGGUUAUUACCAGAAAAGUUGUAUUUUUGUAGUUGAUACAGUCUGUUGAACAUUUCUUCCUAGCCUUUGUGUAUGCGUGUCUAAUCUAGAAAAUAUCACUGAGGCGCUGGACAAAAUGUAUAACCUAGGCAGCUAUAUAUAGUUACUUCCCAAUAGUGGUAGUGUCCAGUCAACUGUGAUUAAUGCAUUCACAUGGAAUCCACAAUAAACAAUGUGAUGAAAGGGAAUAAUACAUGAUAUAAAACUCUAAUACGCAUUAUAAAAAUAUUGGCUAAACAUGGAUCCAUUGUGAUUGUAUUGAAAAGGAAGAGUUUAUUUAAUGCCUUGUACCAUGUAGCAAUAUAAAAUUAUAAGCAUUGUAAAGGUUUGCUUUCCCCAUUGCAUUAGGGAAAACUAAGCGAUGCAUGCAUCAAGACUCUUCCUCUUGAUGUAACUAUUAACUAGAAAGUGUGGUGUGCCAUAGUCUAGCUGUAAUCAUAAGUCAAAGAUGUUGCAUUAUAAAUUUCAUCUUUAUUUAGAUUUCUUGUUCUUUCUGCUGUAGCAGUUUGAUUUGCAGUUGUGUACUAAGUGUGCUCCCAAAAUAUGGAUACGUAAUAGUUUUACCUUGUAUGGAAUAUAAUGUAAAAUUAGCUAACUUUUUGUUAAGCAAAGAUGUCAUGUAAAAAUUACUAUCAUUUUGGCAAUAAAUCAAAUUAAUCUAGUUAUACUAAUCAGUAUGAAUUGCCAAAAAUAUAUAUGUACAUUUUUUUUUAUUUUUUUUUUUUAAGCUAAAUUUUUAGACUGCCUACUUUUUAUGACAAAACAAGCUAUUACCAAGUAUAUGAAUACUGUAGAUUAUUUUAUAAUUUUAUGAUUUAACUUUUCUGUUGCUUUUAGAAUUAAUUUGUGUUUGGCUAAUUACUCCUGCAACUCCCUAUUCCUUUGUUCCAUGGUGAGAUGUUAAUUCAGGUAUGUAAUAAAAAGAUAAUUUUCAAUCUCUAAAUUUGUGCAUUCCUAUACUUUUAGUACAAUUUUAAGAUUUUUGAGCAAAUAUUCCAUUACAAAAAUGUGAACUUUGUAUAUUAAGAUUAGCUUAUUCAGGUUGUUUUUCUAUCUUGUCGGUUGUGUUAAGAGGCAUUGUGUCUUAAACCUCAGACAAUUGUCCUGGUUACCUCAGUCAUUCUUCAAUGCAAUUGUGAAAUUUGUUUAUCAUUCACAUAUGCUGUAUGUUGUUUAUCAGUUUUGCUUUACAUGUACAAUAUAUAGGUUAGUGGAUUUUAUGUUGCCAUGUUAAUAAUGCAGUACAGUAUAUAAAUAGUUAAAAAUAUA